UCAUGGUAGUUGUUGUGCCUCAGGCUGGCGUACGUUUCACCAACUCUUUCAUUAUCUAUACAAUAGGAGCGCACAUACAGAAGUAUCAAACGCAUGUGGUCCUUUUUUCGAUUCGGAGGUAAAUAUAGAGAAUAAAGAGCAAAUCAAACUGGCUAAAAGCUUUUAACGAAAGGACUACGUUGUUGCGCGCUAAAAGGCUCGUAAGGACUCGUACGUUGUGCCGUUCAAGUGGCAAAUCAAGGAGUGUGCUAAACGGUCGGUUAUUACUAAUCAUCGCAUUCUUGGGUGUAUUUUGUACCGUUAUUUGUUCGGUUGAAUUUUCGGUGAAAGGAUACGCGUUUUCCUCGGAUUAUGGGUUUUGACGAGUGGUUUUAAAACGAUUGUUUUUUCGAUAAAGUAGGAUUCUACCGGAAAUUUUAAAAUGAUUUAAAUUUGGCUUGAGAAAUAACGUUCGAUUAUAUUCAAAUUUGCAAGGAGCUCGGUAAAAAUUUGAAAGGUAAACGAUAAAAAGAUACUCCCUUGACUAGGACUUUUGCAAGAAAGAUUUAGGCUCCUUUUAAGGAACCAGUUGUCAUAUUUAAAAAAUAUAAAUUUCAAGUAUUAAUCAGUGAAGUGCGGCUAUUAUGGAGUGCUGAAGAGAGGAGAAUCAAAACAAACCCAAUAAACGGAUCCAGACUAUCCAAUUAUCCUUAAGAAUCAAAUGACCAUUUCCCCGGAUUUUUGCAAAUACUUGUCCUUAUACGUCAUCCUAUAGGCCGCUUUUAUUUACUGAACUUUAAGUGAGCAUCAAGUUAGAAGUGCACGCAAUGUGAGGAUAUAUUAAGUGGUUUAUGACAUAGUUUCCUUUGAAUACCAACUAGUGCUCAUUGACAAUCCUUGGAGCUCCUGCUUCAGUCGAAAAGGACAAUCAAAUUCCUUUUUUUUCAUAAUCCAUCAAAUAUCGCUUUGAAAGCAAUAAUCAUCCUCACAAUCCCGGGAACAUCAUAAAAAUGCGUCGAGCAUCUUUCACGCCAAUUUUCAACGUCAGCAAUCACGAACCAUUAAUUGUCGUCGAAGAAACAAACGUUGGAGAAGAUGAUGAUUCCAAGCAAAGCAAGAAAUCCAAUAGUGGUGAAUCAUCAGAAGCGGAAUCGCCAGUAAAUCCAUAUCUAUUAUCGCCAUUUCCUGAUUUACAACAACGCCGUAAGCACUCCUUGCCAUCGUUGCAAAUUACCGAAGGAAUCACAGCCAGCCAGGUGAGAAGAUUAUCGGAAGCAGGCUCUGAAGGAAGUGCGCUCAGCAGUAAGGAUGUGGAAUUCCUUGCAACACUCUCACAGAAGACGAUCCCAGCGUCUGGCGGAAGGAGACAUUCAAUUGUGACCAUUUCACCGGUACCGACGUCACUCUUUGGUCGCAACAGGCGGGAAUCUAUUUCGGGACCAUUUAGCCGCCGUGGUAGUGCAGUUCAAGGACCUCCUCUUACUGAGCAUCGUGGAAGCGUACACAACCUUCAACUAGAUAUCAUGGAUGGAAUAGUACAGGCCAGAAAGAAUCGAUCAGGAAGCGGAGUUUGGUCCGCUGGUAUGACUGAAAACAACGUGCAGGUUGAAACAUAAGUCCCGUUAUAAAUCUGUUCAGCGAAUAUGUCUAUAUGCUUGUAAAUGAAUUGUGUAAAAUAGGAAGAAUGAAAGUGUAGUUGCGAGGAGAGAAAUACUGGGAGAAACGUACGAUACCGUGAGAGUAUGAUACUGGCAAAUGACUAUAUACAAUAUACCAAAGUUUAAUUCAUCUGAAGUGUGGCCAAAUAUUGAAUAUAAAUUAUUUAUAAUGACAUUAAAAAAUUUGCAAUUCAACUCAAAUAUUAAAAACAUUUCUAAAUAAUUUGUAAGUGUUAAAGGUAUAUGUGUGUAGUUGGAUAAUCAAGUGUUAUAGAGAAAAUUUAAGAAUAUAAAAAUAUCUCAUAA